AUGGCUGUUGCUUGUUAUGGAGCUGCAGGGGCAACUAUGGGUGUUACUUUUGGAGCUAGUGCACCAGCCGCUGUCAUAGCUUGCAAUACUGCUCUUGGUACUUUUGAUCACCUCAUAUACUUGAAAGCACUUGAGCCCAUUUCCACUCAACCUUCAUCCUCGGGUAAAACCUCACCCCUUGCAUCUGAUGGCCACCAGUUAACUCCCGAUGAUUUUGCCAGACCUGAUUUAAUCACAUCGGCACCAGCUCAAUAUGCUGUCUAUGGGUCUUUUCCGGUUGAUGUUAUUGUUUACCUUCACAUGCAACCCUCUGUCCUACGAUUUAGUUGUCUUCCGGUUUCUCGAGUUGAAUGUUUACUUCAACUUCCCUCAGUUGAUCUUGUCUUUUCAUCCAAACGACUUCAAGAUGAACUUGACAUUAAUUUACCACAACAACCUUUAGGUAAAAAUUUUCCCUACUCAACAUCUUGUGGUCCUUCUCGAACAGGUAACGUUAAACAUGGCCAUAAAAGGUCAGCAUCGGAUUAUCGUCACCCUCAACAUCAAACGGAAACAUCGAUAGGUGGCCUAAGUAUGACCGGUUGUCUUGCUGAUUUUUCACUUUACAUUUUCCACCCAUACGGUGGACAAAAGAAAGCACCAGGCUCAUCAAUUUCUGAGGCCACAUCUUUCCCUAACCCGAAAUCAAACUCUGAUCGUAAAGAUGCUCUUAGUUUACAAGUUGAAUUUGUUAAGAUCAACAUUUCUCGAAGUCGCCGACUCGUUUUAAGCUUGGAAACUUCCCCACCAUCAAUUAUCCGAUCAUCUCAUUCAUCACAAGACAAACUUAAUCAAACAGUUAUGAUACGAUUCUCAGCACUUUGCGACAUUGGUUCAGCUUCGUUUAAAUAUGAUAUGCGCCGAUUGACGGAAACUUUGGCUUUCCCUAAAGCCUGGUAUCGAAAGGCCAUUUGGAAGCGUAUGUUUUUGGGUGACCAAGGAAUCUCUGGUCAUUCAAUUUUCUCCGAUCAAGAUUACAAUUUAUCUUCAUCUUCAUCUUCCUCACCAUCAACAUCAAGUUCAUCAACGAGUAUUAAUGAAUCAGGUUUACCAACUUCGUCCAUCAAAACCUCAGGUCAUUUUAAUAAAUCUCCAAAUAGUCGAGGUAGAGAUUCAUUAUGGUUAAAUAUUCAAGAUACUGAUGUUCAUCGUUCUCAACAUGCAAGUUCAUCCCAUCGCAUUAAACACUCUCACUUGCACUCAUCAGUCUCAUCGGAAGGUACAAAUCAACAACGACGGAUAAUGACAUUCAAGAAGGACAAAGGUACCAGAGGAUCGGGCAUAGUUAAACCCUCAACACCAACAUCAACAUCCAGUGGUUCGGGUUUAGUUGAUUCUGGUUCACCGAGUAAUGAGAUUUAUCGUCAUCAUCGUCAUUGGCAGAAAGUUUUGCGUCUUGUAUCGGGUGCAUCUCUAUCCACCCUUUGUAAUCCUCUGCCCACCAAGGGAACUAUUCUUGGUGGUACCUUUGAACUUAUUGGGAACAAUAUUUCAUUGGCCUGUUUUUAUGGAAUCAAUUUCCGUUCCAAGUCAUGGGGACUUUUCUCCAUGUUGAAACCAUCAAUUUCCUUUGCAUCGGAAGCUCAAGAUGUGGUCAACAAUGAGACAGGUUCAUCGGACACUCAUAUAAUUCAAAAUUUUACCUUCUCUCUUGGUCGAUGAGAGCCUAAGGCUCUGAACCUUACCAUCCAAUUCCAUCUUCACCUUGAUUUGAUUUCCCCACCAAAAAAAAUCUUCCCUUUUAAGAAUACAAUUUUUUGCUCUUUCAAACGCUCGCGCCAUAGAAUCGAGGUUGAAUUAAUUUGAGAAAUUGAGCUUACAAAAAUACAGGGUGAUAAGAAAGUUCGUGUGAGGGAAAAUGGGGGUUAGAGAUGCGCAGAUAAACAUUUGCAUUUGUAAAUUUGGUUUGACCCCCAACCCCUUUCACACGAACUUUCUUAUCACCGUGUAUUUUGUAAGCCUUAACUGGGGAGAUACUGAAAUCUUAUAUGCUGUAAGUGCAAACACCUCUGGAUAAUUAAAUAUUUAAUUUGGAUCAUUUUUUUUCUUCGCCUUCAUCUUGUACCUUUGAUUGCCUGGAUAUAUCCACUUUCUGCCGUCCAUU